AUGGGAGAUGACAGUCAGAGUGAUUCAGAGGAGGCUAUUGGAGGCUAUGACCCAGCAGUUAGACAUGUAUUAGCUAAAGCAGAGAAAAGAGGAGAAAAAACACUGAGGAAAAAAGAGCCAGUAAAAGACGCCUCUAAGGAGAGUGAAGAUGAGGAUAGGGAUGAAGAAUCAGAGAGUGAAGAGUCCUCAUAUUCUCUUUGGUCAACACCAAGGACUGAAGCUGAGGAAAAGCACAGAGCCUUGAGAAGGAUUGAGAAAUGCAUGGAUAAAUGCUGUGUCGACCUGAGGGAUGCUACCAGUCCAGAAAGACAAAGAGAAUUGAGGGAAGAAUUCAAGGAGCUGCAAAUAGCAAAGAAAGACUUGAGGAAGAAAGGGGUAGAAAAGCCAUCUACUUCAGAUUAUUCCUUACGCCCAAGAAAAGGGGAUAAUCCAGCUGAAAAAAUGUGUCCAGUUGUUGUUCGAGGACAGAAUUUGGAGUAUGAGCCUUUGCAAAAUACAGACAUGUCAGACAUCCUUGAAAAGUUACCUACUCUUCAGGAGGGACCUCAUCCUUGGAUUUUGAAGUUGGAAGAAAUUAUGGUGGGAUGGCAGCCUGCCAUGGGAGAUAUCAAGAGACUCUUAGCCAGCAUUUUCGGAGUCCCAGCUAUGGAAGAGAUCUUGCAGAGAGCAGGACUUAACCGGUAUGCAGGGACUGCUGUAAAUGAUCCAGAAUUGUUUGCUGCUAGUAGAGCUCGGAUGUGGAGAUCACUGAGAGAUACAUUUCCAACAAAUGUACAUCUGGAUAACAUUAUAAUUGAACCACUAGGACCACAGGAGAAUCCAAGAGCAAAUGUAUCAAAGGCUCAUCAGGUUUGGAGAAAUGUAACAGGAAAUGA